AACGAGGCGCUACAAAAGGGGGCCGCGAUCUUUUCGUUUCCUUGAAAGCGGAAGCGAACGGAUCGGCGACUUCGGGGAGACGACGACGACGACGGAUGGCGUACGUCGAGAAUGGUGUUGUGCAGUCAAAGCGGACGAUAUGGCGGUUGAGUAUAAUAUCUGAUUUCUUCUGGGCCAUUGUGAACUCUAUAGGAUUGUUCUUUAUAACAAUGUUUUCGAUGGAAAAAUCGGAUCAGUAUAAAAAGGGAUCGGGCUCGAGCAAGAAAUGGGAUGGUGGUCCUGGUGGUGGAGGCCCUGGAGGCAGUUCAGGAAGUGGUCCAUAUGGUGGUGGACCUGGUGGUCGCCGUGGGCCACGGACAUUGAGCGAUCUUCGGUCUAAUGACCAUAGUUCUUUUCCUGCUUGUGGUUCCUGCUGUGGUGGUGGCUAAGCUCGAUAGGUGCAACUUUGGAUCUCAAUUGAACAACUUCGUGUUCUUAUAGUUGAAGACACUGUUUGAAUGGUAAUAAGUUCUCAUCAACCUAGUCUACAAUAAAAAAAAAACAUCGUAUGUAAAUGUUUUUCUUCCUUAAGAUCACUGUUUUAAUCACACACUUCCUUUGUUCCCUUGAGAUCUAAUGUUGAUUGCCAGCCAUGGAUUGCGGUUUA